AUGUGGAAAGUGCUGCUAGCGUCUUGGGCGCUCUCUGCUUGUGUGGACGCCGGCAGCGGAGGAGGCCGGAAUCUGCGGGGUCGUGGCGGUGGGAACAGUGAUGACAGCGACGAGGGCGGCUUCCCGUUGACGACCGUCCUGAUCAUAGCCGGCACGUGUGUGCCCUUCCUACUCUCGGUGAUGCUCGGUGUGUGGCGAUAUCGAAGGCAGCUUGCUGCGAUUGUUCCGAUGCCUGAGCCGACCAACAAAUGGAGCAACGAGAAGGUGACGAUGGAGGACCGGAGGAAGUUCCAGGAUGAGGAGGAGCAGAAGGUGAAAGCCGCCCAGAAAGCUUUGCAGCAAGAGCCAAACGCCUCUCCGGUGAUACAAAUCGAGGGUCCAAGGUUCGACGUGCAGACCAUCUUCCGGUCCACUUACGAAGACUCCGACGAUGAAAGCAACAGCCUUUUUGGCAGAUCCCUGGGAAGUGGGGACUUCCAGGCAGCCUUCGUGUCAGACACCUGGGUGCCCGUUGGGCGCAUGCGAAGUAUGUCCGACGGGGACCUCCGGAAAACAGCCCGACGAGACGAGAGAGUAGAGAAGGUCCUGUCCAGGUCCUUGCCCCUAGCGCCCAAGGUGUUUCUGCGACCUCCUUCCGAUGCGCCAAAUGCUGAGGCCAAAGGCCAGGGACCUCCGAGCCGCUCCGGGAGCAAAGGGAGUGCUGGCACGCAGGCCAGCAAGGGCAGCAAGCCCAAGCGCAAGGCGCGCACGGGCUCGAAGGGCAGCAGCGCCCGCAGCGUCAGCAAGAGCAGCACGCGAAGCAGCCCCCGGCAAGAGGGUGCCUUGGAGGUUCUCUCGGCAGACAGGCGGGCCCGACCCCGUCUGCAGACGAACUGA